AUGUUGGUCAUCCCCACCAACCAAAAAACAGGAACAUCAGACCGACGCCCAGCACCAAUCAAGAAAUCCCACGGUGGUACUGCAUUUUCGGUGCGUGGAUGUCAUGCUACACAAGAGGAACAUCCGGGCAGAGGUAUUGCGAGGAUGCUCAAACCUAGACGAGAGCAGUUGAGAUGCUGCAGUCGGGUUCGAAUCACUGACCUUCUGGUCAAUUAG